AUGGCAAUGCCUUUCAUUCCAAAAACUCGUGACACAGAGUUGUUGUCACCAGUUGUCAGCAAUGGUCAUGUCUCUACAAAAGAAGAUAAGUUGCAGAUAGAUAUUGAAGCGAUGCUUCCCAUCACUGAGGGCAAUGGCAAGCCACAGCCUAAAUUGGAUUCCAUUAUCUCUCACUAUGUCCAAAGUCUCAAACAGCUCAACUUACGCAACUUGGGUUACCCAUGUAAUCAAAAGUUCAACUAUGACAAAUUAGCACCAUUGCUUAAUUUUCAUUUGAACAAUGCUGGUGAUCCAUUUCAAGGGUCCAGUUUGUCCCUGAAUUCAACAUCGUUUGAAGUUUGCCUGCUCGAUUGGUUCGCAAAUCUAUGGGAGAUAGAGAAGAAUAAGUAUUGGGGAUACGUCACAACAGGUGGAACCGAAGGGAAUCUUCAUGGGAUUUUAGUAGGGAGAGAACAAUUUCCAGAUGGGAUUUUAUAUACCUCACAAGAUUCACAUUAUUCAAUCUUCAAAAUAGCAAGAAUGUAUCGAAUGCAAUGCGUGAAGGUUAGCUCUUCGGACUCCGGAGAGAUUAAUUGUGAUGAACUAAAGACGUUACUUCUUGCUCACAAGGACAAGCCAGCCAUCAUCAAUCUGAACAUAGGGACAACUAUGAAAGGAGGAGUUGAUGACCUUGAUCUUGUAAUAGAAGUACUCAAGGAAUGUGGUUUUGCUCAUGACCGAUUCUAUAUUCAUUGUGAUGGAGCUUUAUUCGGAAUGAUGUUGCCUUUUAUCAAAGAAGCACCAAAGAUUACCUUCAAGAAACCCAUUGGAAGUAUAGCCAUUUCUGGGCACAAGUUUUUGGGAUGUCCAAUCCCUUGUGGUAUUGUAAUAACUCGUUCACAAUACAUGAACGCAUUAUCUAGAGACGUUGAAUAUAUUGCUUCAAGAGAUGUUACGAUCACGGGUAGUCGUUCUGGGCAUGCUCCCAUAUUUCUUUGGUAUGCCAUCAAAAGAAAAGGUUUCGUGGGGCUUCAAAACGAAGUGCAAAAUUGCAUAAUGAAUGCAUGCCAUUUACAACAUCGAUUACGUGAUGCUGGAAUUGGUGCCAUGUUAAACAAGUUUAGCAACAUUGUUGUCUUUGAAAGGCCUCUGGACGAAGACUUUAUCCGUAAGUGGAGUUUGGCAUGCAUGGGAAACAUUGCUCAUGUAGUAGUCAUGCAGCAUGUUACCACUGAAAUUUUGGAUUCCUUUGUUUCUGAAUUUCUUCAAAAACGAUCCAUUUGGUUCCAAGAUGGACGAUUUCUACCUCUGUGCAUUGCAGAUGACGUUGGUUCUAGACAUUGUGCUUGUUCAAGACACAAUUCAAUGUCAUGA